AUGGCAAUCAAUAUCGACUGGGAAAAUAUGACUGAAAAUUCUAUUGAUGAAGACCUCUUUUGUCCUAUUUGCACUGAGCCAUUUGAAGAACCUGUCUGUGCUAAUCAAUGUGGACAUACAUUUUGUCGUAAAUGCAUCAUUAAUACUUUUCGUACAAAAUCACAAUGUCCAACAUGUCGCCAUACGUUAACAAUCAACGAUUUUCAUCCUGUUACCACACGUCCUUUUCUCAAUCAACUCAACAAAAUUCUUGUUAAAUGCAAAUGGUGUUCACAAAGUAAUAUUCAACGUGGUGAUUUCAAAGAUCAUAUCAAAAUAUGUACAAAAAUUAUCAUACCAUGUCCAGCAGCCGGUAUCUACUGUGAUUGGAAAGGACAACGUGAUCAAAUGCAAGGUCAUGUCCAAGUAUGUCCAUUAGUGAAAAUUCAACCAACAAUAGAUGAACUCAAGACAAUAAUAAAACAACAAACAGAACAAAUACAUUUUCUCUAUAGAAUACUCAAAAGGACAUCAGAACAUCACAAAGAAGGAUGUCGAGAAGAAUCCAUAAAAAGUGAAAUAGUUUACUGUGAUAUAUUGGAAGACAUUUACGAUUAA